GACGCGCCCUACGAGUUGUUCGAAAGCCAAUUGGUCAGAAACACAGUACACGAGAGUGCGUUGUAAGGAUUGCUUGCGGUUGUGCAAGCUAGGAUUUGAAGCAAGUGAACCAUUAAAGUUACAAAAUGAUUGGCUCGACUAUAAGUCAUUGCAUCCUCGGGCAAUCACGAGCCAACCAACAAAAGAUCUUACAAACACAGUACGUCAGAACCAAAACCAAAUCCGAGAUGCCAGUUCACAAACAUUAGAAAACCAACGAUGUAACUCCCCGGAGGAAAACAUCAGAACACAUCGUAGCAGCUAUGAGAAUGGUUUGUCGGUAAAUGCUCAACUUCAAUACGAAAAUAAUGAGCUACAGAGCAAACUCAAUGCAUUCUAUGUAACUGGCUCGCAAUCUAUGGCAAAAAGUGGAACAUCGGAAAACACCAACGACAAGUAUUCAAACACACGACUUGCUGAUCGAUUUGAAGGGAAUGUCAAAAAUGUAUGGUUGGAUCUUUGUGACCGUCUUCACGACACCUUUCCUGAGUUGGACCGUCUGAAAGCAUUGUCCAAUAUCAUUAAGACUGUAUCGACCAAAUGUAUGGAGAAGGCUGAUGCAGAUAUUCAAAUUAUCACUUCAAGCUACACUGUGGAUAAGAAGGAAAUGAACAAUUUCUUGGACCUCCGGAGACGAUGUGGUCAAACCGAAAGUAAAAUAAAGGAUGUUGUUGAGGAAAUUGCUGAUCUGGUAUGGAAAUAUGAAAAUGUGGAAACAAUAGUAAAAACAAAUAGUGCAAAUCAAACAAUAGUUCUCGUGCGUAGAUUUAUUAAGGAUAUGAUCGAGGUUUGUUGGUUGAUGUCCAUCUCUCAGCCUCCGUUGGUGCUCAAUUUUGAUGUUGAAGGCAUCUUGUAUACCCCCGAUGCCAAACAAAAGUUUACCGAAUAUUCGACCGAGGAUGUGAUAGAUUUGGAUUAUGAGCCAGGUACCAUUAUUCUGGUCGUCUGGCCGUCGGUAGAACAUCGAGACAAAAGUGGAUUCUUGAAAAAAGGAGAGGUUAUAGUAGUUCCGAGAUGUGAUGUGGAAGUUACAAACUGAAAACAAAUUUUUAAGUUCCUUAAUGACCAUAAGAAUAUUCAAUAUUUGCCCAUGCGGAUCUUUUGUUCAACAUGUGCUAAGGCAUGACAUGAAUUCGGGUUGUGUUCCUGUUAUGUUAUUAUGUUAUAACUUUCCCUAAACUAUUUUGAACUGUAAUUUAAUGGUAUGGUGGCUGGUUAUAUUUGUAUUGUAACAAACGUAUUGGUUGUACACCUCUAUUGUUAUUUGAAUGAAUAUAUAUUUAAUGCAA